ACGUUUAUUUGAAACCGGAACAAACAAAUGCAUAAAGUCAAUCGUCUUCGCGUAUGCAGGUCAAAGUCAGCAGGUGGUAAACAGUUUCCUUUAUCGGACAGGAGGUUACUCAACUCCGCUGGAAACAGCCCAGGAUUAAAAACCAAAAUGACUAAAAUCUUAUUUUAGUUCACGUGUCUUUAUUUUUAUUUAACAAACGGCUUGUUUGUUUAAUCGCGAGGAAAGAUGAAAGACAGAAACAUUCCUCCUCGGGGAGGAAGAUGGAAGCGGAGCAGCGGCGUCCUGGCAGGGCUCUUCAUGCCCCUCCUGUGUGCGUGUUUCUGGGCUGGGGGGUCCGCAUACAAGCCGGUGAUUAUAGUCCACGGUUUGUUCGACAGCCCCAAAAAUUUACUCAACUUGCAGCGAUUCAUCAGCGAGUCUCAUCCAGGGACAAACGUGACCAUCAUCGAUCUGUUUGACGGCUAUGAAAGCUUGAAACCACUCUGGACUCAGGUGGAGGGAUUCAAGGCGGUCAUUUACCCAAUAAUGCAAAAUGCAGCAGACGGCGUCCACUUUAUCUGCUACUCUCAAGGCGGGUUGGUUUGCAGAGGGAUCCUCUCCACCCUCCCUGAACACAACGUCCACACCUUCAUCUCUCUGUCCUCGCCUCAGGCCGGCCAGUAUGGAGACACCGACUACUUUAAGGAUGUCUUCCCAGAAUGUGUAAAAUCAGAAAUCUACCAUUUUUGCUACCUUGGGAUUGGUCAGAGGUUUUCCAUCUGCAACUACUGGAAAGACCCCCACCACAAAGACCUGUAUGUGAACGUUAGCAGUUAUUUAGCUUUGCUCAACACGGAGAAGCCACAUCCCAAUGCAACAGAAUGGAGGAAGAACUUCCUGAAAAUCCAAAAGCUGGUGCUGAUUGGAGGACCGGAUGACGGCGUCAUCACGCCCUGGCAGUCGAGUCAGUUUGGGUUUUAUGACGACAACGAGACCGUCGUUGAGAUGCAGAAACAAGACUUUUACCUGAGCGACGCUUUCGGGCUGAAGACGCUGGCGGCUCGGGAAGAUCUGAUCACCUGCACUUUUCCCGGAGUCCAGCACAUCCAGUGGCACUCCAACGAGACGGUGUUCCACGCCUGCAUGGAGAAGUGGCUGGUUUAAAACCGUCUCAGCUCGCUAAGCUCAGGCCUUACAGCAGAUAGGAAUCCAACCACCGAAUCCACUAACUUCCUGUCGUGGUUUUAUUGGUCUCAGUGGAUUCCAGAUUUUAUAGAUUCUUUAUUUUGUUUUGCACGUUACAUGUUUUUAGGAUUGUUUUUGUAUUUCUCUAAAGUAUGUGGAGCAAAAUCAAUGCAACAAUCAUCAGAUAAACCCCUUUUUUAUCUGAAGUUACAGGAAAAACAACAACCUAGCAGCACCUUUAUACAGCAGCAGCUCGACUCAUGAGCGGAGUUAAAAAACGAUUCUCUCUGGUGUCACUAUUUUAUCGCUAAAUAACCGUCGCUUUUUAAGAUGAGCUUCAUUCUGAAGAUGUUUUUGCCUUCUCAAAGUGAGCGCUCUUUUAACAAAAGUGUCAAAUGCUGACUUUUUUAAGUUAUUCCCAGUUUAAAAAUCAAUCAUCAAAUCUUUCCAGUAUAUUUCCAAAAAGAAACCAGAUUUUCCUGCUUCUCAGUCAAUGUUUUAACAUUUAAGGAAAGGCUAAAAGUCUGUAAAGGAAAAUCUGCUCAGACUUCCUCCUGAACUUUUUAUUUUGUCAUUUGGGAUUAUAAAAGUCUUAGCAUCUUUAAAAACAAACAGAUAUUGCUUAAGUGCUUAAUGGCAUCCAUUGAAUAGAAAAUACUUGUCUACUAAAAGUUUUGAGAUUUUUUGAGAUGUGAUGGAAAGGACACGAAGGGAGUCGAUGUUUUAAAAAAAACUCUGUCUCCCAUGAUGCAUUGAGGUAGCUCCAGACGAAUGUUGAGGAAAAGUGUGGUGAAUGGCCGUAAACGGAACGAUUAUGUGAGGAAGAAAGCCAGCCGGGGCAGAUCUUUAAAAAGGCGAGGGGGGGGUAACGAGUUUUUGACUAAGUGGAGUUUAUGGUGGAGAUUUCUAGGGAAGAAGAAGAUGCACAAUGACCAGGCUGUGGAAUGGAAGCAGAAUGUGGCGUGAAAAAGAUGGAGAGGAUAUUUAUAUCCCAGACUCAUAAGCUGAUGGAGAGACUGAAGAAGAGAUUAAGCUGACAGAAAACUUCCUCUUUAGGAAGAGAACUUGACUCUUUAGUUUGAGAAGUUUGAAGCGAUACAGGAAUAAUGAGUAAAAAAAGUGGAUGUUGGAGUUGCAGGAGAUGUUGACAAAUAGGAAAAAAAUGGAUGAAGAGGAGAAGCCCAAGGAUGGAGCCUUGGGGUACACCGCAAAAAACUCCGCCAGUGCAGGGAGGAAGUUUUAUAUGAUGUCUUGAUUUAAGAAUAAAUGAAAAUAUGUUACAUUUUGGAAGUAGGCAAAAUUGCUUAUUUUAAGCAAUAAAUUGAGACAAAAAAGCCAAAAACUACAAUAUAAGAAAUGAUUAAAAAGUGUUCUGCUACUAAAAGUGAGAAGAUAAAUCAGAGUAUUUCUUGUUUCAGGACUAAAAGUACUGAAAACUUAUUUACUUUCCUUUUAUUGAAUUUACAAAUUUGUGGAACAAAUUUGCCCCAAAUAGAUUGUAGCAUCUCCCACGAGAUGAAAAAUGAGUCAUGGUUGUGCUCUUUUGUACAUGUUAUAAAUUUGGCCCCGAAACAAAUUUGCUGAUCAUCAGCAAAAAUCUGACCAACAUUUGUUUGUGAUAUUCGUGGUUAAGGCUUGGUAAAAUGCUGCAAAAUCCUCCUAAAUGAAGGCAUGUUCUUGUCCUUUAAUCUUGCCUGCAAGCUUUUAUUUCUUGUUUUGCUUGGAUGGACUGGUGAAAUUUGCGGUGUAAACGUGAAACAACAGAGGAAGACUGGAACUGGAAAUGAGUGGAUCCUGUGCAGGGGAGUUUGGAUGAUGGUGAUGCGGAGAGGCGAUGAAAAAGGAUAGAGGGAGAAAUGGUGCCUGAAGCGGCAUCAAGGCAGAAGGAAAAAAGAAAAGGAUGGAUUGUAAAAAAAAAAAAAAAAAACUCUUAACUUUGUCUUUUUUGGCAAACUUCUCAGAUAGAUUUUUUUUUUUCAUUACAAAUGUGUCAAAAGUGGACUUUUCUUUAAGUUUUAAAGCUCCUUGCAGUGAAACUGUAAUCAUUCACAGACAGUGUUUUUAAGGGAUAAAUGUUACAACCUUUACUUCUCGCUAAAGCAGAUUGAAAACUUUAUUUAUCGGAACUACAGAGCAAGAACGUGAAAAAAAAUCUGUGGUCUUUGGUUUUGAAAAGGGCACCGCCUGCAGAGAUGCAGCUCUGCUUGUGUGUCUGUAAACGCACUACAUUGUGUGUGUCUGUAAACACACCACACAUUAUUGUGUUUAGUCUAAAAAUGAGAUUAUCAGAUGACACCAGAGCUAGACUAUGCAUUUAUUUUAUUCAUUUAUACCGAUUAAGAAGAGGUGCACUUCUGGACUGUAUAUGAGAACUGCCCCCCCCCCCCCGGCGUUCCAAACAGGAAGUGGCUCCUCAUUCUAUCGGUCAGAAUAACCAUUCUUUCUCUUCUUCAUAUUUUCAUGUAGUUUAAGUUAUUCAAGGUACAAACUGGCCAAUCAGAUGCCUCAAUAAAAUGAGGCAUCUGUCACCUGGUUGGUGACAGGGGUUGCCAUAGAAACGAUCACAGCUGUUUAGCGACGUGUUGGCGACUCAUUCCAUUGGAAUUGGAAGUGAGUCGUCUGCUAUGGGUGGGUGCUAUGCGUCAGUGGUCGCACCUUGAAUUCAGGUCAACUCCCCACGGAAAUGUUAACAUAAGAUUUGUUCUGCCAUUAUGUUUUUGUUUUUAAAUCAAAGGGAGGUAAAAUAUCAGAAUUCGGUGUGAAAGAGUCCAACAUUUCAUGCCUAGGCCGUCUCGCCCAGCCCCGCGUGACUCAAAAACAUUCAUUUACUUUGCUUAAUGCUUAAUUAGAAUGAAACGUUCUUGUUAAGGGGAAUACUUAAUUGUGUGUGUGUGUCUCACAUUUACCUCAAGAAUCUCCACGUAUCAUGACUGUGCCUGGGAUUUAUGGCUGUAUGUCCAGACUUACUGCCCCGCUCUGCUCUGCUAAUGCUGCAGUCCUUUAUAGAUUUGUACUGCUGUGUUUUUCUACAUGGAUGCACGUGCAAUGCCUCCAUUUCCCAUAUCAUGUUAUCAGAACCAUGCAGUGCUUUGAGGCCAUGCUCCUCGUUUGCUUUCGUAGGUGAAGCCUUACGUGUUUUUCCCCUAAGUGUUGCAUAGCCAUGACCAAAGUGCUACCAGCCGCUCGCCGCCUCCCGUGACAGUGCUAAAAGUGAGGGAUCACGGGGCGGAGGAGUGGAAAACGAGACCCUGUUGCAUGUGUCACUACCUCCCAUUACAUGUAGAAAUCUCAGGUGUUUUGGCAACCUCCAUGUCUUUAGGGAUGCAUGCUUUCACCUGUUGGAUGUUUUGGUUAAAAAAAAAGGGGGGGGAAAGGUAAGAGGAAAAAGUGUGAUAAAGUAAGUGAACCUAAGUAUGGAUUGCACACAUAAAAGGGAACCUUAAGAGAGGAAUUAUUAUCCUUUGGUUCUUGUACAAGUAAUAUAAUUUAUAAUUUUACAAUCAUGUCCUGCUUCUAUGUGUUUGUCAUAGAAAAUGUUAUAAGAAACUUUUUUAAGACUAAAACUGAUAUUUUAACAAUUUCUACAGUGUUUCUAGAAUGCUGUUUGAUCAAUAAAAGGGAAUUUUAAACCGGGA